AUGACGCCUGUGAAGAAGGACACGCUGCCGAUCGCGAGGUACGCCACGAGCAAGGUGUUGGGCAUAGUCACAUCCAACGACGAGUACGCGAGCACGAGGAAGAGCGUGAGUGUGUUCUUGGGCAAGCUCCUGACCGCGCUUCAGAACGACAAGCUGCCGGCAGACAUACAGGUGACUGAGACCAAGAUCAACUGCCAGCCCCACUACAAGUACAAGGUCACGAACGGGGAGAGAGUCAGCGUCCUGGUCGACACCGGGCUCAACUCCGUGGAUGUGGACAAGGGUUGGGUCGUGAAGAGGAUCGCGGGUGCGGUCAAGACCAUCCUCGAGGCGGUGGAGAUGGGCUCGGUUAGGAGCUUGAUCUUCUCCUACAACAUGGCCACGAAGAUGAAGAGGAACAGGACUGUGUCCAAGGACAAGCUCGUGGAGCAGGGCUAG